CCUCUGUGUACAGCUACUUACAAACUAAUAAUGCUUGCUUCCGAGCUUAAAGCUGCUCUUUUUAACUAACAUAUUUUUAACUUUUUUUUUGUUUUCAAUACGAAACAAAAAAUAAACAUACAAGAAACAUGACUAACAUCUCUACACUCUAGCUGUGAAUUACUGUAUUUUCCUCUUUGGGCUGUGUGUGUUUCAUGUGGUGUGCCUUCCUAUGUGUGUGACCUUCCCUCUCGUCUUCCAGCUGCGCCCGUGCUCCAGGAGGCACUGAGCCCGUGCGAGCCUUCGCCCUGCGGCGCUAACGCCCUGUGCAGGGAGCGCGGGGGCGCGGGCUCGUGCGUGUGCCUGCCUGAGUACAUCGGCAACCCUUACGAGGGCUGUCGGCCCGAGUGCAUCGUCAACUCGGACUGUGCGCCGAGCCUGGCCUGUGUCCGCAACAAGUGUCAGGACCCUUGCCCGGGCACAUGCGGCCAGAACGCCGACUGUCAUGUUGUCAACCACCUUCCGACCUGUACGUGUCGACCGGGUUACACCGGCGACCCCUUCUCUUUCUGCCGUCCCGAGCCUGUUCAAUGUAAGCUGUCGCUCUUCUAUUUUUAUUCUUGAUUUUAUUUUUCCCUCUUGUGUUUUCCACUCCCCUUUUCGUUUUUUCGUUUUUCCGUUUCUGUGUUUCUCCCUCUUUGUGGCGAUCACAGCAUGAGGAUCAUUCAUCUCUGUUGCGCAUGAGCUGCAUGCCUGACUCUCUUUCUCUUCUUUCCCCUACUCGCCUCCCUACAGCCGUGGCGGUGCUAGAGGAGCCCGUCAACCCUUGCCGGCCCUCGCCGUGCGGGCCCAACAGUCAGUGCAGGGAGGUUAACGGACAGGCCGUGUGCUCUUGCCUCCCGACGUUCGUAGGCAGCCCACCGGCUUGCCGACCGGAGUGCACUGUGAGCGCCGAAUGCACACAGACCAUGGCCUGCAUUGGCAUGAAGUGCGUCAACCCCUGCCCGGGGCCAUGCGCACAGAACGCCAGAUGCUAUGUCCGGAAUCACAGUCCGAUAUGUUCAUGCCCGGCCGGAUACACCGGAGACCCAUUCUCACGAUGCUCUCCUAUACCACCACCACCGCCAGUGUUUGCGGAGCCCGUACACGUGGACCCGUGCGUGCCGUCCCCCUGCGGGUCGAACGCAGAGUGCCGACGCGUGGGCGACUCACCCUCCUGCUCGUGCAGGCCCGGCUACUUCGGAUCGCCGCCCAACUGCAGGCCGGAGUGCACAAUAAACUCCGAGUGCGCCAGCAACCUGGCGUGCAUGCAGCUCAAGUGCAGAGACCCGUGCCCAGGCUCAUGUGGCGCAAACGCGCAGUGCACCGUGAUCACACACGUACCGGUCUGCACGUGCGUGGAGGGCUACACUGGCGACCCAUUCGUCAGCUGCCACCCCAAGCCACCGCCUCAGGCCGAGCCGAUCGAAACCGACCCUUGCAACCCUUCACCCUGCGGACCCAACGCUCAAUGCCGCGACGGCAUAUGCACCUGCCUUCCAGAGUACCAGGGUGACCCGUACCGCGGCUGUCGCCCGGAGUGCAUCAUGAGCUCAGAGUGUCCGAGGAACAAGGCUUGUAUGAGAUACAAGUGCAAGGAUCCGUGCCCAGGCACAUGCGGCCAGGGAGCGCUGUGCGAGGUCAUCAACCACAUCCCCACCUGCACCUGCCCACCGGGAACCGAAGGAAGUCCGUUUGUAUCCUGCAGGCCGGUGCAGCAGGAGCCCGUGUACACGAACCCCUGCAGCCCGUCGCCCUGUGGGCCGAACAGCCAGUGCCGCGAAGUCAACGGCCAGGCCGUGUGCUCGUGCGUUCCCGGCUACAUCGGCAGCCCGCCCACCUGCAGGCCCGAGUGUGUGGUGAACGCCGAGUGCCCGCUCAACCAGGCCUGCAGCAACCAGAAGUGCAGGGACCCUUGCCCCGGCACAUGCGGUGUCGGCGCGAGGUGCAACGUGGUGAAUCACAAUCCUAUCUGCUCGUGCCCAUCCGGUUAUACUGGAGACCCGUUCAUCAGAUGUCAUCUGAAACCACCAGAACCGACAUCCGCUCCUACUCUGCCAUGCCAACCGUCGCCGUGCGGAGCCAACGCCGAGUGCCGAGUGGCGGGCGAUCAGCCGUCAUGUUCAUGC